UCCAGCCCAUCUUGCCCAUUAAGCUUCAGUUGCUUAGGUUAAGUUCCAUUGCUGGGUUCCUCUUCUAACUUCACUCCCGUGGUCCUUCAUCCUAGCGGCGUGUUACACGCGCCUCCAAGCAACCGAGUACUCCAAGCAAACGUUUCGGCGGCUCCCUCCCCGUGUCCACUAGCGCUCCCGUCCAGAUCGAAGAUAAGCCAGCUCCAUCCACCAUCCACGGAGGACAUGGCUGGUGGUGACACAAAAAAGUCUAAAGCUAAUGCCAGUGGUGGGGGGAAGAAGAAGGAGGUGAAGAAGGAGACUGGUUUGGGAAUAACCAAUCGCAAGGAUGAUAAUUUUGGGGAGUGGUAUUCCGAGGUGGUUGUCAAUGCUGAAUUGAUCGAGUACUAUGAUAUCUCAGGCUGUUAUAUACUGAGGCCAUGGGCGAUGUCGAUCUGGGAGAUCAUGCAAACAUUCUUUGAUGCUGAAAUAAAGAAAAUGAACAUCCAAAACUGCUACUUCCCACUUUUUGUUUCUCCUGGCGUAUUGCAGAAGGAGAAGGAUCAUGUUGAGGGUUUUGCUCCUGAGGUCGCAUGGGUGACAAAAUCUGGGGAGUCUGAUUUGGAAGUGCCUAUAGCCAUUCGCCCAACCAGUGAGACAGUCAUGUAUCCCUAUUAUUCCAAGUGGAUUAGGGGACACCGUGACUUGCCAUUGAAACUUAAUCAAUGGUGUAAUGUUGUGCGAUGGGAAUUCAGCAAUCCCACACCAUUUAUCAGGAGUCGUGAGUUUCUUUGGCAGGAGGGGCAUACUGCUUUUGCAACAAAAGCAGAGGCAGAUGCAGAGGUUCUUGAUGUUUUGGAGCUUUAUAGACGAAUAUAUGAAGAAUUCUUGGCUAUUCCUGUUGUAAAGGGAAAGAAGAGUGAAUUGGAGAAAUUCGCUGGCGGACUAUACACCACUAGUGUUGAGGCAUUUAUUCCAAACAAUGGACGUGGUAUACAAGGUGCAACCUCACAUUGUUUGGGUCAAAAUUUUGCAAAAAUGUUUGAGAUAAACUUUGAAGAUGAAAAGGGAGAGAAGGGUAUGGUCUGGCAGAACUCAUGGGCCUAUAGCACUCGAACGAUUGGUGUGAUGGUAAUGGUUCACGGGGAUGAUAAAGGCUUGGUGCUGCCACCUAAAGUAGCAUCGGUCCAGGUUAUUGUAAUUCCAGUGCCAUAUAAAGAUGCUGAUACAAAGGGAAUUUUUGAUGCCUGUUCUGCCACGGUGGAUGCCUUGUCUGAGGCAGGUAUUCGUGCUAAGGCAGACUUUAGAGAUAACUAUUCUCCUGGUUGGAAGUACUCCAAUUGGGAAAUGAAAGGCGUUCCUCUAAGAAUUGAAAUUGGGCCAAAAGACUUGGCUAAUAAUCAGGUACGUGCUGUUCGCCGUGACAAUUCAUCAAAAAUAGAUAUCCCUAGGGCCAGCUUGGUUGAGCAGGUGAAAGAAAUGCUAGAUAAAAUUCAGCAAAGUCUGUUUGAUGUUGCAAAACAAAAACGAGAUGCAUGCGUUCAGACUGUAAAAACUUGGGAUGAAUUUGUGGAAGCACUUGGCCAAAGGAAAUUGAUCUUAGCUCCUUGGUGUGAUGAGGAGGAGGUGGAAAAAGAUGUGAAAGCAAGGACAAAAGGUGAAAUGGGAGCAGCUAAGAGCCUUUGUUCCCCAUUUGACCAGCCAGAGCUCCCAGAAGGUACUAAAUGCUUUGCUUCGGGAAAGCCUGCAAAAAAGUGGACCUACUGGGGCCGGAGUUACUAGAUUAUUGGGUUUUGUCUUUUGAUAUUUCGCAAUCUUUUAGACAUGCCAAGGAGUGAACAACUAUUAAGGAAACAAAAAGGGACAUUAAUUUCUAUAGACAUACAAGGAUGCACGUACUUGGUGUUUAUUAUUCAUAAUCAAUUUGUUGUGUGUUUCCUGCUUGAAA